GAGAAGUUAGCCGACAUGCAGUGCAUUACCACGUCAAUUGAACUUCUAAUUAUUGAUCAGGCGGAGCAUUUAUUGAUGCAAAACUGGGCCACCGUACAAGAAGUCGUCGGUCAGUUAAAUCAGCGCCCCAUCAAGCCUUCACUGUCGUCUCCAGCCCGAAUUCGCCUUGCUUAUUUGGCCGGAUACGGUUCGCGGUACCGCCAAACUCUUCUCUUUUCUGCAGUGAAUAAUUAUUUGAUCACCGGUCUUAUGAGCAAAUGUGAAAAUUUCCAAGGGAUGAAUAUAUUUUUCCCUAUGCCGAAAUAUCAGAAUGAUAACUUAUUCAGUGGCUAUCUGCCAGAAAAUCAUCGUGUUCCUGGACUUAAAAGGCGUUCAGGAACGGAAUCGGAGUUUACCAAACCGAUAACAGCACUAGACAAUUUCAAACUUCAGUUAAUCACUUUUGGAGUAAAUGGAUCCCUCCUUAACUCGAACCCCCUCACAGAACUAACGAAACGGCUUGAUCAACCUGAUGAUAGUGACGAUGAGGAGGAAGUGGGUGCUAAAAUAAUUCGCAUGGACGACUCUAAUAAUUCAAUUGUUCUGAAGACAUGCUUAACCCCCUAUAACCUCUCGGAUAAGGGUGGACGAGCAAUUCCAAUAGCGCAUUACUAUGAUUUGGAAGAGUUGAGGAGACUUUUGCGUGAAGAGGCUCUCUCAUUUUGCUAUGUCCAUGAAUAUAUUGAGGACAGUGAAGCCGAAAGAAACCGACAUCUUUUCGAUCAGGGUCGUAUUCGGAUAAUGCUUCUCAGUGAACGAUACUAUUUUUAUCGAAGACGCAAAAUACGUGGUGCACGGAAUUUCAUCUUCUACGGACCACCCACCUUUCCUUGGUUUGUACAGGAACUUCUGGCCAGUUGUGAGUUGGCGCCUGCUGUGGCCACAAACGCUUCUGGAGAGAGUCUGACUGUAGCGAGUGCAAAUCCCUCAGCCGUCCUCUCAUCCUCAGUCACAAUUCUCUACUUUCAACCUUGGGAGGCAGCCCAAGUUAGUAUGAUCACUGCCUCGAUUGACGUCUGA